UGAUCCGACCAGCCCAUCACCGUCACAGCGCUUACACCGGCUGAACACGAGCCCAAUUCCCCGUCGCCCACCAUGGCUGAUCUGAUUGACCCGACAGCAAAGGGCAACUAUCCCAUCAUUCUCGGCGAUGGCUUGCUGGGCAAAACGUCCAACGAAAUCUUUACCGGCAUCCGCUAUAACCACAAACCGUCAUUCCCUGCAUCUGACGCACGAUUAAAACCCUCUCUUCCCGGAAAGACGAGCUCCUACGACUUGAACUUUUCUAACUCGGAAGGAACGGUUGGAUUUGCCGGAACACGCUCGACCGACGAUGACGACUAUGUCUUGUGGUUUGACCCAGACCGCAAGGCCUUUAUCCUUGACAAGGUCGACUCGACGUUCAACAUGAAUCUCACGCGCAUCCCGGGAAAUAGCAACCCGGAGGAGCUGCGGCGGCGAUACCCUCACCUAGAGAACGGCCAAAAGCCGGGAGACAAGAAGAGCGCUGCAAGCAAGGACAAGGUCAAGUCGACACCGAAGCCUGAUGACAAGAGCAUCACCGUCCAGACCAAGGAGAUGCAGAAGAAAUUUGACAAGAAGCAUCUCGACAAGAAGCCUUCCGACAAGGUGUUCCUCGACAAGAAACCCCUGGUAGAGAAGAAGCCUGUCGACAAGAAGCCCCUUCUCGACAAAAAGCCAGCCGUCGACAAGAAGCCAAUAGAUAAGAAGCCGACAGAGACGGACAACAAGACUACGCCGGAGAAGAAGCUGAUGGAGAAGAAGCCCGUGGAGAAGAAAUCGAUAGACAAGAAACCGAUUGAGAAGAAAUCGUCGUUGGAGAAGAAGAUGUUUGAGAAGAAGCAGUUAGGAAAGCCGCUUCCCAAAAAGGUCGACCUUAUGCUUCCUGUGCCGGAACCGCCCAAGCCAUCAGAGCCCAAGCCUCGAAAGAAGAAGGAUGACGAUGAUGACGAUGAGGAUGAAGACGAUGAUGGCGAUCUCCUCAUCGAAUAUCCGGGCGCAGAGGCUCCAGCUAGACAGACCCAUUUCUCACCCUCCUUCCCUGCUCCUCGGCGCUUCGAUGACUUUAUGGACCAGCGUGAAUCCGAAGUGGAAGAGGAGGAGGAAGAUGGUCCGAUGGAUGACGUCGACUUUAAGCUGCCCAGCCCGGUGAAGCACGCCAGCCAGAGCCAGAGCCAUUCAGAACCCAUGGAUGUAGACGAAGAAGAGGAGGAGGAGGGAGAGGAAGAGAGGGGUGCAGAAGCACAAGAGACCAACGAUGCUGCCGAUUUGGAAUACGACCUAGAACAAGAGCUGGAGAAUGCCUUUGAGAAUUUGGAUAACAACGACCAAGACAACAGCAACAGCGGCUACUAUUAUGGCAACUCCAAUGCCAACGACGACGACGAGAGCGAGAUUAGCGAGGAGGAUUAGACACGGCGUUGGGAGCAGACCAGACCACGUUGGCUGUUGACCGCUGACCGACAUGCUUUCGGCAGCUAUGAGGGUAAAAGAAAAGGACAGCGAGAUGAUUGUUUUUGCCAUGACUUCUACAUGGGAUUGGGGAUAUUGAUUAUUUGGGCGGCGUUUAUUCGAAAUGGGCCAGCUAAACGCUAGAUACCACCAGCGAGAAUGAUUGGGAUUCCUUUACUCUUAUAUUUUCUUUCUCUUUUAUAUAUUACUUUUUAUCAAACGUUGCCUAGGACUCCAAAAAAGAAUAGUAUUUACAAGAAACUAACUAUUUAUUCAUCAUCAGCUGC